AUGUUUAAGAACGAAAUACUAGAUUUAGAUGCCUCAGAAGUACCACUAGAUAUAUUCAGAAUUCUUGAUGGCUUUAAUGAAUUAGAUCCAAAUGUGACUCUUGGACAAAUACAAAUGGACUUUGUGCCUGUUUCUCCCACGGGACCACCGAGUACAAAAGAAUUUACUACUGAUGUUAAUUUUCGAGUGGAAAUAGAUGGCUCUAAAACUCAUAAGAAAAAGUUUUUGUAUUCUCACAAACUAAAUUGUUUAUUUUUAAAUACUGGGCAUAAUUUCUCAAUCAAUUUCCAAUGGGAUAUCACCAAAGUGCUCCACCCAGUAUAUGUUCGAACCACUGUAGUGUUCUCCGACCCUUGUGAUGCUGAAAAAAGAGUACAAACCUGCUACCAGCACUCCUACGUAUCCCCCGAUGAUUCUAAUGCAUUGCCGGAGAACAUCCGUCACAACGUGCUGCGGUCGGGGCGUGAGGUGGGCGCGCCCGACGUGUUCUACUGCGGUGCGCCCGCCAGCGCCGACUCCUGGUACUCGGUGCUGGUGCGCUUCCCCGCGCCCUCCUCCCACGCCUUCCACUUCGUGUGCAGGAACAGCUGCAGCUCUGGCAUCAACCGCAGACCGCUCAGCCUCGUCUUCACCCUCGAGAGUGCCGCAGGCGAUGUGUAUGGUCGUCAAGUUGUAGGCGUGCGAGUCUGUGGCUGUCCCAAACGAGACUUGUACACUGCAGAGUUGGCUCAAAGCUCAGAGAAUCCAAAAAGCGGGAAACGCAAAGCAAAAACUGAGACCACAGACACCCCUACCACCAUAGUGAGCAGUACCACCCCGUCCCGCAAACGGAUCAAGCUGGAGGACAGCGAGUGUGACACGCUCGUGACGCUGCCCGCGAUAACGGUGCCGGGCACGCGUGUGGCGCUGGCGGGGCUGCGCGUGAUGCGCGACAUGCUGCUGCAGACGCGCGCCGUGCAGCUGCGCGCGCGGCCGCAGCAGGACGUGCGCGCCGUGGAGCGCGGCCUGGCCGAGCUGAUGGCCGCCGAAGACGCGGUACGGCGAGGCGGAGGCGCGGGGAGUGGGAGCGACGAC